GACAGAUGUAGUGUUGCAAAACCAAAAUAUAAAACAAAAACCAAAUAAAAGAAGAAUGAAAAGGAAAAAGAAAAAAAAAGGGGGAAAAACGAAGGGAAUUAAGAAGAAAAAUGAAGGAGAAGCAAUGAAAAAUAGCAUAAGAUGCUGCAUAUCUUGCAUUCUUCCUUGUGGAGCUCUUGAUGUAAUUCGCAUAGUCCACUCCAAUGGCUACGUCGAAGAAAUCACCGGCUCCAUCAAAGCUUCCGAUGUCAUGAAAGCUCAUCCUAAACACGUCCUUAAAAAGCCGUCCUCCCCUUCCUCCUCCUCCGCCGCUCACGACGCCGCCUCUUCCCUCCACAAGAUCGUCAUCGUCCCACCCGAAGCUGACCUCCAACGCGGUAAGAUUUAUUUCCUCAUGCCACUCCCUCCCGACCCCGACAAGCCCCGCCGAAGAAAGAAGAGAGAACAUUCCAAUAAUCAUCAUCGAACAAUAACCACCGCCUCCACCGCCUCCGCCGUACCCGACACCACCACCACCAACAACAACAACAUUUCCAUGACUAAUCUCCUCGUUUCCGAUCACUACCUCUCCGAAAUACUCUCCGACAAAGCUUCCACCCACCGUGAACGGCGGCGCGGCCGUGUCGGUGUCUGGAGACCUCACUUACAAAGCAUUUGUGAAUCACCCAGUGAUAUCUAAAAAAACCGGCUAUUCAGGUUGUGGGUUUUCUUUUCUUUUUUUUUUUUUUUCUUUUCUUUUCUUUUCUUCUCUUUAAACAUAAAUAUAUAUAUCAUCAUAAUUAAAUUC